CUUAUUUUUGUCUAUAAAAGUUCCUCUGCAGGGUGGUCAUUUCUUGUCUUAAACUUAUCUUUUAUUCUCUUUUAAUUGUUGAGGCCAAGACAGCCACUAUGAUUUUAAGGACGUCUUUGUUGCUGAUAGUGGCCUUCAUGGCUACCUCAUCCAUUGCUUCCACAAGCAGACAGACUACAUACAUUAUUCACAUGGACAAAACCAAGAUGGCGGCAAAUCAUUCUCCAGGCAGUUCCAAACAAUUUUAUGAAGCAAUGAUCGAUUCCAUCUCCAAAUUGUCAGCCCUGACGGAGGAACAGGGACAAGACAAAAUACCUCCCAAGGUCCUUUAUGCCUAUGAAACCGCCUUUUCUGGUUUUGCCGCAAAGCUCUCAACAAAACAUCUUGAAUCAUUAAAACAAGUCGAUGGUUUUCUCUCUGCCACUCCUGAUGAACUUCUAACUCUCCACACCACGCACUCCCCCCAGUUUCUUGGCCUAGAAAUUGGGAAAGGACUCUGGGAUCCUACAAACUUAGCAUCAGAUAUGAUAAUUGGGUUUAUAGAUAGUGGAAUCUGGCCAGAACACGUCAGUUUCCAAGAUACAGGUAUGACUCCACCACCCUCUAAAUGGAAAGGCGUUUGCGAGAAAGGUACCAACUUUUCACAAUCACAUUGCAACAACAAGCUCAUUGGUGCAAGAGCCUUCUUCAAAGGCUAUGAGUCGUUUGCUGGAAGAAUCAAUGAAACAGAGGAAUAUCGAUCAGCCCGAGAUUCACAAGGUCAUGGUACACAUACUGCAUCAACUGCUGGUGGUAAUCUUGUAGCAAAUGCCAGCUUUUUUGGCUUAGCAAAAGGCUCUGCUUCUGGAAUGAGGUACACAUCAAGAAUUGCUGCUUAUAAAGCCUGCUGGAGAUAUGGCUGUGUUAACUCUGAUAUACUAGCUGCAAUUGACAAAGCAGUCGCUGAUGGGGUUGAUGUGUUAUCACUCUCCCUAGGAGGCUCACCCAAACCUUUUUAUAGCGACAGUGUGGCUAUAGCCUCAUUUGGGGCAAUCCGAAAUGGGGUUUUUGUUUCAUGUUCAGCAGGCAAUUCAGGGCCGUCUAGUUCAACUGUAGACAAUACCGCACCAUGGAUUACUACAGUGGCAGCAAACUAUAUUGAUCGAAGCUUCUCGGCUAUUGUCAAGCUUGGUAAUGGACAAUCUUUUGAAGGGUCAACCUUAUAUUAUGGUCAUGCAACAAAGCAACUGCCUAUUGUCUAUGGGAAAAAUGCAGGAAGCGCAGGAGCUCAGUAUUGUAUUAAUGGGUCUCUCAACAAAAAGCGUGUAAAAGGGAAGAUUGUUGUUUGCCAAAGAGGACAAAAUAGCCGAACUGGAAAGGGAGAGCAAGUGAAAUCAGCUGGAGGAGCUGGAAUGAUAUUAAUAAAUUCUAAUAAUGAAGGUGAAGAACUAUUGGCUGAUCCCCAUAUUCUGCCAGCUGCUGAAGUAGGAGCCUCAGCAGCUAAAAGCAUCACCAAAUAUUUGAACUCAACAAAAAAUCCAACUGCUUCCAUUGUUUUUAAAGGAACAGUUUUUGGUAAACCUGCACCAAUGAUCGCAGCUUUUUCAUCACGAGGGCCAAGUUCCAUUGCACCGGAAGUGAUCAAACCAGAUGUGACUGCACCAGGGGUGAACAUAUUGGCUGGAUGGCCUUCAAUGACCAGCCCAAGUGGACUUAAAUCCGACAAGAGAAGAGUUGUAUACAACGUACUUUCAGGCACUUCAAUGUCCUGCCCUCAUGUUAGUGGCCUAGCAGCGCUUCUUAAAUCAGCCCAUAAAGAUUGGUCACCCGCCGCCAUCAAAUCAUCUCUAAUGACUACAGCAUAUACCCUAGACAACACAAGGGCUCCAAUUUCUGAUGUUGGUUCAAGUAACUCUGUUUUGGCUACACCUUUUGCAUAUGGUUCAGGCCAUGUUGACCCAGAGAGUGCUUCUGAUCCGGGACUAAUCUAUGAUUUAACAACUGACGACUAUCUAAACUUUUUGUGCACCCUAAAUUACAAUUCUUCUCAGAUAUCUUUAUUUUCAAAGGGAAAUUUUACUUGUCCUAAGCCUGGAGCUUUUCGGCCAGGUGACUUGAACUACCCUUCCUUUGCAGUGAAUUUCAAGGACAAUGCCCCCAAUAUUACGGUGGAACACCAGAGGACUGUGACAAAUGUUGGCCCCCCUGCGUGUUCUUAUAAUGUGCAAGUUGAACAGCCCAACGGAGUUUUGGUGAGUGUGAAGCCUGAGAUCUUAAGUUUUCAGAAGUUGGGGGAGAAAUUGAGUUACAAGAUUAGUGUUGUUUCAUUGAAAGGGCCAACAAAAACAUCGUCUACUUCAUCUUUUGGAUCCUUAACUUGGGUUUCUGGUAAAUAUAAAGUAAGAAGCCCCAUAGCAGUAACGUGGAGUUGGAGGUAGUUUUUCUCUGUGAGUUUGUACCAGCCAAUAAUUUCUGCUUAAAGGCGAAGAGCCGAAGACUAAUAAUGCAAUCUUCAAAAGUAAUCCACAUAAUAUGAGUCCAAAAUCCAAAUUAAAGUCAUAUGUACUUGUGAUUGACUUUUGCAAUGCUUAAAUUCAAUAAAAAAAAUUUAAUCUUUUUCAA